AUGGAAAUAGUUGAAACCUGUUCAARUAUUGAUAAUGAGGCUACUGAUAUGUUUAUAAAACCUAGAARUAUUAAUUUUACAAGCUUUUGGUCAUUCCAUCCUCAUCAACCGAAAACCAACAUUCCAYUCAGACCUUCAAAAUUGUACAACCGUAAGGAUGGAGGUCAUCGUAAAUGGAUAUCUUAUUGUGUUAAGAAAAAAGCUUUAUUUUGCAAUAUAUGUCUUUGUUAUGGUGAUGGUUUUGGAACAUUUUCUGUCUGGAAACAUGUAUAUGAGCGAGUCAGUGAUCACGAAGAAACAAUAACACACAAAUUAAAUKUUGAUGCUCAUUUGAUGAAAAAGCAAUUUUCCUCAGUGGAUUCACUUUUAACACACGGACUUGGUUCAAUAAGAAAAAUACAAGUUGAAAACAAUCGAAAUGUAUUACUUCGUCUUAUUGAUGUGUUAAAGUUAAUUGGAAAGCGCGGAUUAAGUUAUAGAGGUAAAACAAAUGAGGCUGCUUAUUCACUCGACGAUUCUUCCUUAGACCAUGGCAAUUUUUUGGAAAUAACUUUACUUAUUAGUAAAUAUGAUUCCUUGCUUAAAUCACAUUUAGAUAAAGUUGUAAAAAAAAGUUUAAAAUGUCAUAAUUCUGGAGCCCAACAAGGAGGAGUGAAAGAUGCUGUAAUAUAUUCUGUACAACUCGAUACAACACAAGAUAUAUCUGUUACAGAUCAAUGCUCAAUGAUAUUAAGAUAUGUAAAUGGUACAUCUGUCUUUGAAWGAUUAGUUGGUAUGGUAAGGUGUAGCUCAAGUAAAGGCUCCGAUUUUGUUGAGUUACUCUUAAAAGUUCUCAAAGAUAUGAAUCUAGACCCGAAAUGCUGUAUAGGAAACGCAACCAACGGAGCUGCAAAUAUGCAGGGAGUUUAUAAUGGAUUUUCCACAAAAAUGAGCGAAGCAGCAGUUGAACAAGUACAUGUAUGGUGUUAUGCACAUGUAUUAAAUUUAGUUAUUAGUGAUAUUACAAGCAAAAUUGUCCAAUCUAUUUCUUUGUUUGGUAUCUUGCAAGGAUGUGCGGUAUUAAUAUGUGAGUCAUAUAAACGUAUGGACAUAUGGACAACCAAAAAUUCCAAAAAAAAAAUAUGUACUAUGGGCGAAACAAGAUGGUGGUCCAAAGAUGCAGCAUUGACAAAGGUUUUUGGAMAAUUUAAUGAACCCGAAAAUGGAUUGUAUGUUGAUCUCAUAACUACAUUAGAUGAAAUUGAAAACAAUUAA